AUGGGCCAAAAACAAUCCUAUAACAUCAGCGAAGAUCAACAAGCUGCAGCGGCACUUGAGAAAGAGGGCUGUAUAGCGACCAAUGCGGACUGGAAUUGCAAAGCUGAGAGGAUGACACAUAUUUCAUCGAAAACUGAUGACUCUUGUACAGCAACAACACCAGUUCAGCAGUUGGACAUAACAAAACAACCGGACGAUAUACCAAUCGAGCAUUCACAAGAUGAAAAAUCGCACGAAGAGGAAUAA